ACGAUACGCGCAUCAUAUGAAGGGCAUAAUCGUAAGUGAAGAGUCCAAAAGGUACUGGAUUGGUUCGGAUAUUGAGUUGUGGAUGGGUUGAAAAAUUCCUGUCUUAACCCGACAAUCACCGCUUUACUCUCCCCCUUCCUUUCAUCUUCCGUUUUUGUCUGUGUUUUGAGGUUUCAUUCAAUCGACAAAAUUCGAACAAGAUGAUGCACAUGACCUUAUACUGGGGCAAACACGUCACUCUGCUCAUCGAUUCCUGGAAGACCGAUUCAUGGCUGAGUUACCUCCUAACCUUACUCGCUUGUUUCAUCUUCGCUUCCUUCUACCAGUACAUGGAAGAUCGACGCCUCCGCUUCAGAUCCCUUGCUUCCUCCAACCCAUCUCCGCCUACCUACGGCGGCGGAUCCGCUGUUCCUCUCCUCCCUAAUUACCGCAAUUCCGCUAAAUUCGCUACGGCCUUGCUCUUCGGAAUCAACUCGGCUAUUGGGUACCUUCUUAUGCUGGCCAUCAUGUCGUUCAACGGAGGUGUUUUCUUAGCUAUCGUUUUGGGUCUGGCUGUUGGGUACUUGCUUUUCAGGUCCGCCGAUGACGAGAAAGUGGUGGUGGAGAACGUCUGCGCUUGUUCUUGACGCCAAUUUAUAUACUGUACCAGAAUGACGAAUACUUGAUUAGUUCUUGAAUUAUGUAGCAAUUAUCUUCGCCUUUAACAAUCAAAUAUCCUUAUUUUGAAUUUUCCCAA